AUUGUAUUGAAAAUGGCCAAACCAUACUCUUUGCUCUCUAUUCUCUCUGCCUCACUCUAUUAUUACUUCUUCAUCACUUGCUUAGCUAAAAGUACUAAAAACAUCAUCACCGAUGAAUUUGCACUCUUUGCAUUCAAAUCAUCUAUUACCUUAGACCCUUAUCAUAUACUUAGUAAUUGGUCAAUCUCCUCUUCUAAUUCUUUCUCUGCAUGCAAUUGGGUUGGUGUCACUUGUGAUGAGCAACAUGGAAGAGUAAGGAAAUUGAAUCUUGGUAACAUGGGCCUUAAAGGUACCAUUUCUCCUCAUUUGGGAAAUCUUUCUUUCCUUGUUGUUCUUGAUCUAAAUGGCAAUAGUUUCCAUGGUGAGUUACCACAUGAGUUACUUCACUUGAAGAGAUUGAAAUUGUUGAAUUUGAGCAACAAUGGUUUUGUUGGAGAAAUUCCAUCAAGGAUAGGGUUCUUAUCCAAACUUCAAUAUUUGCAUCUUGGCUAUAAUAAUUUUGUUGGAUUAAUUCCACAAUCUAUAUCCAAUUUGUCAAUGUUAGAGUAUCUAAAUUUGAACUCAAAUUUCAUCAAAGGAACCAUUCCGAAUGUUAUUGGUCAACUUCGUCGGUUAAGGAUUUUGCGUAUCAGUAACAUUAAGCCGUUGUCCGGAAUCAUACCAAAGACAAUUUCCAACCUUUCUUCCCUUGAAGAAAUCUACUUAAGAAAUAACACCUUAUCAGGAGAAAUUCCGAAAGGAAUCGGUGAUCUUACAUGGUUGAGAAUUGUGAACCUUCAAUAUAAUAUGCUCACAGGCAACAUAUUUAUGUUCAACAGCACAUCAUUGGAACACUUAUACCUUGGUAAUAAUAAUUUGAGUGGCAUUCUUCCAUCAAAUGUUUGUCAAGGGCUUCCAAAUCUUAGAUCACUCUAUCUUUUCUUUAAUGAUUUUUAUGGUGAGAUGCCAAAAGUUUGGCGUUAUUGCAAAGAGUUGGAAGAUUUGGAACUAUCCAACAAUAAUUUUGACAAAGGACGUAUGCCACAUGACAUUGGAAAAUUGACCAAGCUUCGAUAUUUGUUUCUUCCCUUGACUAACUUGCAUGAUGAAAUUCCAUCUUCCCUCUUCAACAUCUCUUCUUUGAUGGUGAUCGAUCUUGACAUGAACAACUUAAAUGGAAGUCUCCCAAAUGAGAUGUGUCAUCAAUUUCGUCAACUUCAAGUUUUUUCUCUAGACUAUAAUGAUUAUAGAGGAAUCAUUCCACGAUCUAUUGAAAAUUGCACAUCUUUACAAUAUUUCAGUUUGGCAGAUAACCUUUUUACAGGUUCGAUACCAAUGGAGAUUGGCCAUCUCAAUCAACUCACAUUUUUAGAAUUGGGAAAUAACAGUUUGAGUGGACCUAUUCCUUCAAAAAUCCUCAACAUUUCAACAUUGGAAUCUUUAAUUUUUGAACAAAAUUCACUCUCAGGCAUGCUUCCAUCAAACAUGGGAUUUGGCCUUCCUAACCUACAACAAUUACAGAUGAAUGGAAACAAAUUUGUUGGAAAAAUUCCAAAUAGUAUAUCCAAUGCUUCAAAUCUAGUUACACUUGACUUGAGUCGUAACGAAUUUAGUGGAAUUAUACCGAAUUCUUUUGGACAUUUAGCAUUCAUUGAAUACCUCUUCAUACACAACAAUAAUUUGACAUUAAAUGAUGAUUCACUUGAAAUAAACUUCCUUACUUCACUUACUAGUUGCAGAUAUCUUGCAAAUCUUGAUGUAUCAAAUAAUAGGUUAUCAAAACUUCCCAAGCGCAUUGGAAACUUAUCAUUAGAACACUUUUACGCAAAUUCUGUUGGAAUUAAUGGAUAUAUUCCACUAGAAAUCGGAAACAUGAGCAACCUCAUUGAAUUGUCUCUGAGUAUGAAUGAUUUAAAUGGAUCCAUUCCUAGUACAAUUAAAAGGUCAAAUCUUCAACUUUUGGAUCUUGACUACAAUGGACUGCAGGGAUCAAUAGUUCAUGAGCUUUGUGAAGUUAGCAGUUUGAGUGAGUUGUAUUUAACAAGCAAUAAGCUUUCUGGUGUGUUACCAACAUGUUUGGGAAAUAUGACUUCUCUUAGAAAGUUUCACAUAGGAUACAAUAAGUUCACCUCAUUAAUACCUCUCUCUUUUUGGAAUCUUGAAGAUAUUUUAGAGGUAAACUUAUCCUCUAAUGCUUUAAUUGGAAAUCUUCCACCUGAGAUUAAGAAUUUAAGAGCUCUUACACUAUUAGAUCUCUCCAAAAAUCAAAUUUCAAGCAACAUUCCAACAGCCAUAAGUUUAUUGAGAACUUUAGAAACCCUCUCCUUAGCAAAUAACAAAUUGAAUGGUCCUAUUCCAACAUCACUUGGUGAAAUGUUUAGUUUGAGUUUCUUGGACUUGUCUCAUAAUCUUAUAACUGGUGUGAUUCCAAAAUCAUUAGAGUCAAUUUCUUCUCUUAAAUACAUAAAUCUAUCAUACAAUAGAUUACAAGGAGAGAUUCCUGACGGAGGACCUUUCAAAAGCUUCACAGCUCAAUCUUUCAUGCAUAAUGAUGCGCUUUGUGGCAAUCCUCGCUUACAAGUGCCUCUAUGUAUGAAGAAGUCAAAGAAAAAGAAGCAACUGAUCAAAUUUGUAUUGCCCAUAAUUGUUGUGUUAUGCAUUUUGGUUGUUGCAUGCAUAAUAAUUUGGAGGCAUAAAAGGAAGAAGGUUGAAAAUCCACUUAAAAGUGAUUUGUCAGCUACUUUAGGGGCUCCAAGAAGAAUAUCCUACUAUGAAGUUGUGAAAGCUACUAAUGGAUUUAGUGAAAGUAAUUUACUUGGAAAGGGUGGCUUUGGAUCUGUGUAUCAAGGAAUGCUUUCUAGUGGGAAGAUGGUGGCAAUUAAAGUACUUGACUUGACAUUGGAAGCAACAUCAAGAAGCUUUGAUGCAGAAUGUAAUGCAAUGCGCAACCUUCGGCAUCGAAAUCUUGUUCAAGUUAUCAGUAGUUGUUCAAAUGAUGAUUUCAAAUCACUGGUGAUGGAGUUUAUGUCAAACGGAAGUGUGGAAAAAUGGUUAUACUCAGAGAACUAUUGUUUGAAUUUCUUGCAAAGGUUGAAUAUAAUGAUAGAUGUGGCAUCUGCAUUGGAAUAUCUACAUCAUGGUUCUUCAAUACCAGUGGUUCAUUGUGAUUUGAAGCCUAGUAAUGUGUUACUAGAUGAAGAUAUGGUUGCGCAUGUUAGCGAUUUUGGAAUUUCGAAGCUUUUGGAUGAAGGACAAUCUAAAACUCAUACACAAACAUUAGCUACUCUUGGUUAUGUUGCACCAGAAUAUGGACCUAAGGGAGUCAUUUCAGUUAAAGGAGAUGUGUAUAGUUAUGGAAUAAUGCUGAUGGAAAUGUUCACCGCAAAGAAGCCAACAAAUGAAAUGUUUUCAGAAGAAUUAACCUUGAAAACCUGGAUUAGUGAAUCAAUGGUCAAUUCAGUUAUGGAAGUUGUGGAUUACAAUUUAGUCUCACAAAAUGAAAAAGAACUUCAUGAAAUUUUUGCUUUAGCUUUGAGUUGCUGUGCAGAUUCACCUGAGGCAAGAAUUAAAAUGACAGAUGUAACUACAUCGUUAAUCAAAAUCAAGACAUUGGCCAUGCGGUGAAAAUGACAUAUGUAAUUGCAUGGUUUUGGGUUAAUUUUUAGCCUAGAAUCACUUUGUUGCGUCUAUUUUCCAUCUUUUAAUCUAAACAAGUGGUUUUUAUAAGUUUUUUUUUGUGAUUUUGUCAUCUGGGCGUUGUGUUGUUUGUAGUCUUGGUGUGACGUUUGAUUUCUCGUCAUGUUGUGGUGUUCUAUUGGUUCUGUUGGUUCCAUAUUGAAAGAUCUGCAUCAAUCUAUUACAAAUUUAAUCAA